AUGCGGCAGCUCAAGGGGAAGCCCAAGAAGGAGACGUCCAAGGACAAGAAGGAGCGGAAGCAGGCCAUGCAGGAGGCCCGGCAGCAGAUCACCACGGUGGUGCUGCCCACGCUGGCCGUGGUGGUGCUGCUGAUUGUGGUGUUCGUGUACGUGGCCACGCGCCCCACCGUCACCGAGUGA